UAUCUUCUUUUUUCUCUCGCUUUCCCUCGCUCCCCUCUCCCUCACUUUCUCUGUGCCCCUCGUGCACGCGCGCUCACGCUCAAACACUCGGAGCUGGCGCGCUGAGCAGUGGCGCCCAUCCUCUCCCUCAGUGCGACUCCUCCGAGGGAUCAGGAGUAGACUAAGUCAAACUUCCAGCAGCUUAAGAUUUGUGCGCAAACUCUGAAGGAUCGAAGUAGCCAAGCAGUGAAGAAACAGAAAUGACACAAUGGGAUCUAAUGACGAGAUGGUCAAAAGAAGUCCAACACUAAAAAAACAGGUGUCUAUGAUGAUGUGAUGUGCCAGCUGCUCUGAUUCCUCUAAAAUCAGGAGAACUGAUGCCCAGAUGUUUUGCUCCUCCGUGUGUGGUCCAGUUCAGCGCUGCCUGACUGUUUCAUGGGCCACAAACAGACCCAAACAUCUACGGCUGCCGCUCAACUCGACCCCAACUCACUCUGAGCGCCUCACUCUUCACCCCUCGCCCCUAACCUUGACCCUCAGCCCCUCACUCGCCUUUGGAUCUCUUUUCACAUUCUGACAGCCUCUACUCUCCUGGAGCCCAACAUGGUGCCCUGGCUCUCUUCUCUAAUCUUGGUCAUGAUGUUUCAAGGCGCUUUCCUCACAGAACCUCCUCAAUCACGCCGCGAGAUCCGCAUUGAGGGUGACCUAGUCCUAGGCGGAUUGUUUCCAGUGCAUGAGAAGGGUAGUGGAAUGGAGGAGUGUGGACGUGUGAAUGAAGACAGAGGGAUUCAGAGGCUGGAGGCCAUGCUGUUUGCCAUAGAUAGAAUCAACAAUGACAACAGUUUGCUUCCGGGUGUCUCACUGGGCGUCCACAUCUUAGACACCUGCUCCAGAGAUACGUAUGCACUCGAGCAGGCUCUGGAGUUUGUGAGAGCCUCCCUUACCAAGGUAGAUGACACCGAGUUCAUCUGUCCGGAUGGAUCCUACGCUCUGCAGGACGACAGUCCGCUCGCCAUCGCAGGAGUCAUUGGAGGGUCCUUCAGCAGCGUCUCUAUCCAGGUUGCCAAUCUACUCAGGCUAUUUCAGAUCCCUCAGAUCAGCUAUGCUUCAACAAGUGCAAAGCUCAGCGACAAGACCCGCUACGAUUACUUCGCCCGAACAGUCCCUCCUGACUUCUACCAGGCCAAAGCCAUGGCCGAGAUCCUCCGCUUCUUUAACUGGACGUACGUGUCUACUGUUGCAUCAGAGGGCGAUUACGGUGAAACUGGUAUAGAGGCUUUUGAGCAGGAGGCACGCAUGAGGAACAUCUGUAUCGCCACUUCAGAAAAGGUCGGUCGCUCAAACGCUAAGAAGUCUUACGAGGUUGUGAUCCGUCAGCUCCUUCAGAAGCCAAAUGCCCAUGUGGCCGUCCUUUUCCUUCGUAGCGAUGAUGCCAGAGAGCUUAUUGCAGCUGCAGCUAGACUUAACACCUCCUUCAUUUGGGUGGCCAGUGAUGGCUGGGGUGCACAGGAAAGCAUUGUCAAGGGAAACGAGGUUACCGCCGAAGGAGCUAUCACGCUCGAGCUGGCGGCCAACCCCAUAGCAGAUUUCAACCGCUACUUUCUCAAUUUGAACCCAGUCAAAAACCUCCGGAAUCCAUGGUUCAAGGAAUUCUGGGAGCAGCGCUUUCAGUGCUCUUUAGGACUAGGAGGGCUGGCUCUGAGAGAGACACCUCUCCCGCCAUGUGACGAAGACUUGUCAAUGGACAAAGGCUAUUUCGAACCAGAGUCCAAGAUCAUGUUUGUGGUGAACGCGGUGUACGCCAUGGCUCAUGCCCUCCAUCAUAUGCAACGGAGCCUGUGCUUCAACACCACCAAACUGUGUGACAGCAUGAAGGCCUUGGACGGGCGCAGACUCUACAGGGAUUACAUUCUUAAUGUCAGCUUCACAGCCCCCUUCUCCCCUCAGGGCAGUGAGACAGUUGUGAAGUUUGAUUCCCAGGGGGAUGGCAUGGGCAGAUACAACAUCUUCAGCUACCAGCGUGCCGGCGAGCGUUACGGCUAUGUGCCCGUCGGUGAGUGGGCAGAGAGUCUGAGUCUGAACAGCGAGCUGAUUCGCUGGCCAAGAGAGGUGGCGCCGACCUCGCAGUGCAGUGACCCGUGUGAGCGCAAUGAGAUGAAAAAAAUGCAGGCAGGUGAGUACUGCUGCUGGAUCUGCACAGCAUGUGAGCCUCAUGAAUACCUGGCAGAUGAGUUCACCUGUUCGCCAUGUGCUCCUGGUCAGUGGCCCACUGAGGACCUCACAUCCUGUUAUGACCUUCCUGAGGACUACAUCAUGUGGGAAGAUGCUUGGGCCAUCGGUCCAAUUACCAUCGCCUGUGUAGGGUUUAUGUGCACUGGCCUCGUGUUUUGGGUGUUCAUCAGACAUAACAACACUCCGCUGGUGAAAGCCUCAGGCAGAGAGCUCUGCUACAUUCUCCUCUCUGGAGUUUUUAUGUCCUAUGCCAUGACAUUCCUCUUCCUGGCCAAACCCUCCCCUGCCAUAUGCGCCCUGCGACGCCUCGGCCUUGGCACGUCAUUCGCUGUGUGCUACUCCGCUCUGCUCACCAAAACCAACAGAAUCGCCAGAAUUUUUAAUGGUGUGAAAGACGGUGCGGGUGCUGUGAGACCACGCUUCAUUAGCCCAUUUUCUCAGGUUUUCAUCUGUCUGAGUCUCAUCUCCGUGCAGUUAGUGAUGGUCUCAGUGUGGCUGCUGCUGGAGGUUCCUGGGACUCGUCGCUUCACGUUGCCAGAACGGCGACAGACUGUCAUCCUCAAGUGUAAUGUACGUGACUCCAGCAUGCUGCUGUCACUGGGAUAUGAUGUUCUCCUGGUCGUCUUGUGUACUGUGUAUGCCUUCAAGACCAGGAAGUGCCCUGAGAACUUCAACGAGGCCAAGUUUAUUGGCUUCACCAUGUACACCACUUGUAUAAUUUGGCUGGCCUUUCUUCCCAUCUUCUAUGUUACAUCAAGUGACUACAGGGUUCAGACCACCACCAUGUGCAUCUCCGUCAGUCUGAGCGGUUUUGUGGUCCUAGGCUGCAUGUUUGCUCCCAAGGUCCACAUCAUCAUGUUUCAGCCCCAGAAGAACGUGACAAGCCACAGACUAAACCUCAACCGCUUCAGUGUGAGUGGGGCUGCCACCACAUGUGCAUCUCACGCAUCUGUCAGCUCCCACUUUGUCCCGACGGUGUGCAACGGAAGGGAAGUCGUUGACUCCACCACUUCCUCUCUGUGACGACCCCCAGUCCCCGCACCAAACCCGUUCCUGCGACUGUUAGCUACGUCAGCAACACUACCCCCUCCAGCUUUGGUUUCCCUACUUCACACACACACACACAUGCACACACACACACACUCUAACAAUAAAAUGUGUAUACAAAAACAAGCAAACACCCUCCUCGUGGACUAGAACUGUAUUGUUUUACAAAAUGUAGAAAGUGUGUAACUAUAAUUAAAUUAUUUUCUAGGGAUGUAUAUACAUGGAAUUGACAUUGUUGUAUGUAGAGUAACAAAAGAACAAAAAAAGUUUUUAGGAGGAAAUUUUUGCAGCCUUUGUUUUGGCAGCUUUGUCUUGAUGUAAAUAGAAAGAAGCUGAAACAGAGGGGGGAGUGGGUGGAGGUGGGGGUGGGGUGGACCAUGUCCCUCAGUCUGGAUGCACAUUUGUGGCUCUGCUUGCCCCCACUGCAAUACCUGCGGACUUUUGGAUUCUCAUGCUUUUUUGUAGUUCUCAUCUUGUAUGCAUUUCUAAUGUUUAUCUGUACAUUUGUAUAUGAUACUACUGAUGGUUCAAACAGCACAAUGUUAAAAUUCUUUGUAACACUAAAAUGAAUGUGGACUAAAGCAUAAACUGGAUCAACCGGAAUGACGGGAAGAAAGGAAAACUAUAAGGAAGAAAGAUCGAUCACUCAUUCAUGAAUUUCAGUUGGAGAAUUGAUCUUAUUGCAUCUUAAUAGAUGUGUGUUGUGUUUUAUAACAACCUUUAAAGGCUUUUUUUUUAUUACAGAUGCUCUUUUAUUCUAAUUCUAAUCAUGGAAUCCUUUUAUCUAAAUGGCCAUGACUCCAGAUGUCUGUUCAGCAGAGCAGCACUAUUUCCCUCCCACCCCUAAACUGCUCUGUUUGAAAGACUGCUGUGAUGCACUAAUAAUAAAUAAUAGCUGGACAGAAAGAACAAGAACAAAUCAGUUUCUCACCCGGUAAUUAUGAACUCCAUGCACUCAAAGUGACACUGAUGGAGGAAAGCAAUCUGUUCUGCUGAACACAUGUUGAUUUUUUUCCAACUGCAGGGGAGUGGUAGCUUAGAAUGAAUGCCCCUUAGGUACCAUACGUGGUGAUAUUCAAAUAUGGCUAUGUGCCUUAAUGUAUGUUUGAUAAGUUCAUGUUAGAGAUACGUUUUACAUUAACCAGCUUGAAGCUUUUUUUUUUUGGUGAAUGUAAAAGUGGCCUCGUUGGGAACGCGUUUGCUUCAGGAAAAGAGUUUUAUUUCAUAAGAAACCUUGUUUACCUAAACGUUUGGAGCAGUGACUCUGAUGUCCAUCCAUCUCCCAGAUUUGACACGUUUUUUACACCAUAGCAAAUCCAGGAAAUGAAAGGAAGCACAUAUAUCAGCAGGAGGAAGUCAGCGACUUGUUUGAGUGUGCAGUUUGCAUCCCUGUAUUAAAUGUGUUGAUGUUGGGAAGCACAGUGGAGCAGCUGGCUUUGGCGGUCCCAGAGAAGCUUGGGAGAGAAAGCAGAGUGCACACAGUCAGCUGCUGGCAGAUCCCAGUUAAGAAAACAUGUUGGAGUAUAGAACGUUUAUGCAUAAUAUACAUAAGAACAUCCAUACAUAUGAAGCUGUGGCUAGCGACAUUCCAGACUCAGUCGGAUGUGAUUCUUGAGACGGUGAAGUAGCCGAAAACAGUGAACUAAUUUAACCAAUUUUUACUUUACAUGAGUUAGAUCUCAUGUAACUGUUGUUGAAAAUAGGAUGGUAGUGAUUGAUUACUAAACUAAAUGUUUACAUAUAACAUGCUGUCUAAAAUAAAGUGUGACUGUUAUAUUGAUGUUUUCAUACAAAAUCAGUGACCAGAAUCACGUUGUUUGCUGGCAGUUUUAAAUCUAGGAGUUGGUAUUAAGAUUCCUGAAGAGUGUGUGAGCGUCUUUUGACUGGCCGACACGUUUGCACACAGCUCUAACGCAACAGCCUCCUGCGAUUAUUACACUGAACGACUGAUUCAAAGAGUUUCCGAGGAUGCAUCCGAGAUGAGCCGACCUACAUUGGGGUGUGCACAUUGGGUGCCGGCAGCAGCAGGCGAUAGAGCGAUGAUGGGAUGCUGCUGCUGGAUUACAUAAAGCACUCCCACAGCCCAGAAGUCACAGCACCUCCAUGGAAGUAUCUCAGAGAUUCACAGUCUUUGUUAGGAGAAGGCUUAGCCAUUCACUCAGUGGUCCUGCUCCCACAAGAUACACCCUGCGUGGCAGGUUGCUAUGGACAACCACCAUCCGCUGCUGGAAUUUCUAUUUGUCUGCAUGGCGAGAGUAGAGAGUGGAAGGAGGGGUGAGGAGCGGCAGAGAAAAGAGGAACAGAGAGAGAGGAAGAACUGGUUGAUGGUUCUGAUCCUAAUUGGCAGUGGGUGAUGAGAUUUGGCACCACGAGGCCCUGUACUCGCAGCUUUUUAAUGGCCACACAAAACGAAGCACUUAACCCGCAUUCUCUGUUCAUUUAGUCCGGAGACUAGUCCGAGACAACAGUCUCACACUCUUCUCUGACCCCUCUCUCUUGCUAUCCGCCUCACCCUUUAACCUUUCCCUCACCACCUUUGUGCGCCUCAUCUCCACUCUGUGUGUGAAACUUGUGACAGAGUCGGUCUCAGCCAGGACCACCUAAGCCAGCUCAACAGACUGGUAGCUCACUCUUGAACUGAAGCACUUGGAACCGGGGUGCCCGCUUCAGCACAUGCCAUCAAAGCUGCCUCGGGGGUUCGAAAAGCGAUGAAAGGGAUGUCAGACAAAGGAUUUGGAGACUGAAUGGGAACAUUUAAUUGGAAAGUCAGAUGUGAAGAAAUUAGAUCACUUUAAUAGUCAUUACCUUUCUAAAUCUAUCAGCUGAUACCCAAUAACUUCAUCUGGAAUCUUCUUUAAUUGCUUUUCCUCAUGAAUAUCCAUUUCAAGCGUCCAUCCACUUUGUUCCUCUAUUCAGGCUGUGCCAACUGUCAUGUGUUUUACAAAGAUCUCUGUGCUGUAGCCCCUUCUGUAAAACAGAAUGUGUCCUUGGCCUCUGGGCUUUGAGACGAGGAAAGAUCUCUGCAGAUAAAACUGAAGCAGAGGUUGAUGUGAACUCUGAAACUGGCCAGUCACAAAGAAGCAAUAGCUACCGUGUUUAUGAAAUGUGCAAUAACGAGGCUGUGACAACAUCAUAAUAAAGACCAUGAAGCAAGCA